GCAAAAGACGAGGAGCGGGAGCGAGAGCGAGAGCGAGAGCGAGCACAGGUGUCGUCGUCCUCUUCCCCUCAAAAGCCAAAAUCUGUUUGAGAGAGAGAGAGAGAGAGAGAGAGAGAGAGAGAUUUUAGAGAGAGAAAGCUUUGACAGAGAAGAGAAAAACAGAGAGAACAAAGGGAGUUAGGGUUUCUAGAGAGAGAGAAAGACAGGGGCGAUAGAAUGGGAAAUCAAAAGCAAAAGUGGACUUCGGAGGAGGAAGAAGCCCUACUAGCCGGAGUGGCAAAGCACGGCCCGGGCAAGUGGAAGAACAUCCUCAAAGAUCCUGAUUUUGCUCCUUUCCUCACUCACCGCUCCAAUAUCGACCUCAAGGAUAAAUGGAGGAAUUUGAGUGUUAGUACUUCUUCACAUGGAUCUAAAGAAAAAUCAAGGGCUCCUAAAAUAAAAGCUAUUGCAGCUGCACAACAUGUGAAUAUUCAAAACUCUGCUUCUGUUGCUUCACUUCAUCGCAAUGCGUCUUCCGAUGCUGUUAUGGAUGAUCCUCCAAAUGGUUUGCAGGAUGGAAAGAAUGCUCCACGGUACAAUGCCAUGAUUUUUGAAGCUCUUUCAACAUUGAAAGACACAAAUGGAUCUGAUAUAGGUGCCAUUCUUAACUUUAUUGAGCAAAAGCACGAGGUGCCCAUGCCACCAAAUUUCAGAAGAUUAAUGAGUACAAGGUUGAGAAGGCUUGUUACACAAGGGAAACUUGAAAAGGUUCUAAAUGGCUACAAGAUAAAAAAAGAGACUCCCUUGGCAGUCAAAACGCCUAGCCCGAAGCAAAAAGAUAUUAGGUCCCGGCAAUCACAGAAUUCUGGGUUAAAAAACUCUACUGAAUCAGUGCAGGAUGCAGCUGAUACUGCUGCCUAUAAAGUAGCCGAUGCAGAAAAUAAAUCAUUUUUGGCUGCUGAAGCAGUGAAGGAGGCAGAAAGAAUCUCAAAGAUGGCAGAAGAUACAGAGUCAAUGCUGCAACUAGUGAAAGAGAUGUACGAACAAUGUUCACGGGGUGAGAUUCUCCUUUUGGCAUAGUUUGGUAAUUAUAAGUUUGAUUUGCGCAAUCUCUGUAACUUGUAGAAUGUCCAUGUAAAUUCAUUGAUCCAGUGGAAUAUGAUUUUCCUUUUUCUUUUUUCUUUUUAUGUUUUUUGGUUUUGUUUUGUAAAAGACGCGUUAGGAUUUAGUGGAGCUAUACCAGACGACAUUUCCAUCUGAGAUCAAUGAUUAGAUCAGAUCAAUGUACAAAUUUGUCUAUUACAUGUUAGAGCCUCAGUGCAUCUUAUUUGUUCAA